CAUUCAUUGACUUAUGAGUCAAUUGUCGAGUCGUUUGUCGUCCACCGAAAGCCGUUUAAAUGCGAUUACGAAAAAUGUGACAAAAGUUUCUCAACUCAAAGCCGAUUGAAUGCACACAAAGGCCGCAGACAUGCCAUCGAUGAGCACAAAGAGGUUAUCACUCGGGAACCUAUUGCCAGCGGAUCAGAUGAUGUCAUUGCCAGUGGACAGCAGUCAACGUCCAGCCCUAUGACCGGUGCUAUCAGUCCUGACACCCGAUCGGUUGACAACAAACAUGAUUUGGGCUCCGAUGUCGAGGACGUGAUACUAACCCAUGAGUACAGCGCCGGUAAAGCACCGGACGGUAUAAACUCGGCGCCAGUAGUCACUGGUCAGCCAUUGCCGGACAUCGACUCUGUUAUUAUUAAUAACCCAAACACUAUUCAAACACCAGCACCCGGAGCUCUACCACAUGACCACGAAAUUGCUGCUCAUAACAGCCCCGACCGUCACUACUCAUCCACCGGUUGUGCCGACCCAACUGUGCUGUCGAAGAGCGCCCGUAGGCGUAGGAACCGCGCACUCCUCGACCGCACCAACGCUGCGGUCAGACACCGGGAUCUGCGGCACAAAGCGUGCGAUUUGUGCGGCAAAAGGUUUCGCACCGACACCGGAGUGGAGACACAUAGACAGCGCUUUCACAUCAACGGCGGGCCCACCGACUGUCCGCCGCCGGACACCAGCGGUGCCCCAAAUACUGAUUGCAUUCCCGUAGCGAGUGAUGCACAGCCGCCGCAGCCGACCCCCGGACCACCUUUUUAUACCCAAAUCACUAGUAAUAAUGCGAACACUAUUCAGUCAUCCAUUGCCGGUGCGGCGCCGCACCCGACCACCCCUUGGCCUAGCCUUCAGUCACCAUCACAUCACACACCGUAUGGUUUUGCUCAACAGUUUAGCCAACAAUACACUGCGUUUGGCCAUCAAAUGGCUGAGUAUAACAGCGGCACCGGCUUUACUGCCGGUCCUUCUGGCCUACAGAGCGCUGGCGCUUAUGGCCACCACUCGACUACCGGUGCCGCUGACCUAACAGGCCAUCAAUUUCCAAACACCGGUUCUAAUAUUAGGCCGUAUUUCAAACUAAGAUUCAUACGAUUGGCCGCAAAACGUGGUCGAGUGGACAGUCAGCCGAUGUCUGUCGAGCAUAUGUUUGGUGUGAUA